AUGUUUCUUAUUUCUCCCUUCCCUCCAGCUUUGGCUUUGGUUUCUGAAGAUGUGAAGAAAGAGGCCAAACAGUCUAAGAAUUUGGAGAAAAGUGAUAUAUCAAAGAAAAAUGACAUAGAUUUAAAAGAAAUUGUAUUUGUCAUCCAGAGUCAAAGUAAUUCUUUUCAUGUGAAGAAAGCAGAACAGUUAAAACGAAGCAUCUUAAAGCAGUCUGCAGAUCUUACACAGGAAAUGCCCACAGUCCUCCUCCUUCACCAGCUGGCUCAGCAGGAAGGCGCGUGGACCAUACUUCCAUUGUUACCGCACUUUUCUGUAAUGUAUAGCAGAAAUUCAUCAUGGAUUUUCUUCUGUGAAGAAGAGACAAGAAUACAAAUUAUACAACUCUUAGAAACACUCAGAAGAUAUGACCCAUCAAAGGAAUGGUUUUUAGGAAAAGCAUUACAUGACGAAGAAUCUACAAUAAUUCACCAUUAUGCCUUUUCUGAAAAUCCUACAGUUUUUAAAUAUCCAGACUUGGCUGCCGGCUGGGCCCUUAGUAUCCCACUGGUAAACAAGCUUACAAAGAGAUUAAAGAGUGAAUCCCUGAAGUCUGACUUCACGAUAGAUUUAAAACAUGAGAUCGCGCUCUACAUCUGGGACGGAGGGGACGGACUCCCGCUCACGCCCGUGCCCGAGUUCUGUACAGACAGGGUGGGCUCCUCCUGCGCCACCUCGUUCCAGUCUUCCCUGCCGCUCUGUGGAAAUCCAGUGAAGAAGGAGGAUAUUUUUGUUGCAGUGAAAACAUGCAAGAAGUUUCAUGGUGAUAGAAUCCCCAUCGUGAAGCAGACUUGGGCGGGGCAGGCAGGUCGCCUCGAAUACUACAGUGAUUACGCAGACAGCUCCAUUCCGACGGUGGAUCUGGGGAUUCCUAACACAGAUAGAGGUCAUUGUGGAAAGACAUUUGCCAUUUUGGAGAGAUUUCUAAAUCACAGCCAUGACAAAAUACCAUGGUUGGUCAUUGUGGAUGAUGACACAUUAAUAAGCAUCUCCAGGCUCCGGCACCUGCUGAGCUGCUACGACGCCCGUGAACCCGUGUUUCUGGGAGAGCGUUAUGGCUAUGGGCUGGGCACCGGUGGCUACAGCUACGUCACGGGAGGAGGAGGAAUGGUCUUCAGCAGAGAGGCCAUCAGGAGACUUCUCGCCAGCAAAUGUCGCUGCUAUAGCAACGAUGCUCCAGAUGACAUGGUCCUGGGGAUGUGCUUCAGUGGGUUAGGAAUCCCCGUGACACACAGCCCUCUCUUCCAUCAGGCGCGGCCGGUGGAUUACCCUAAGGACUACCUGUCUCACCAGGUUCCGGUGUCUUUCCACAAGCACUGGAACAUCGAUCCCGUGAAGGUCUACUUCACGUGGCUGGCGCCCGCUGAGGAAGACCGAGCCAGGCAGCAGAGCCAAAGAGGCCUCAAAGAGGAGCUGUGA